GUUUCUUGGUCAAAUUUUGAUGCUCAACUACUACCUUUGAGUACCUGAACAUCAAUUGAUAAAAAUGGUUGCUGAUAGUUGUCCGAACCCACAGAGUGUGGGACGUGAAUUUGUUCGUCAAUAUUAUACUAUGUUGAAUCAAUCGCCUCAUUACAUGCAUAGAUUCUAUAGUAGUGAUUCAUAUUUUGUACAUGGAGGUUUGGAACCAUAUAGCAGGGACAUGACUCCCAGUAUUGGUCAAAAAGAAAUUCAUAAACGUGUACAAGAACUGAAUUUUCGGGACUGUCAUGCUAAGAUCUUACAAGUUGAUUCACAGAACACUCUUGGAAAUGGUGUGGUAGUUCAUGUCACUGGUGAAUUAUCUAACUGUGGGCAACCAAUGCGUCGUUUUGCACAAACAUUUGUAUUGGCAGCUCAGUCCCCUAAGAAGUACUAUGUUCAUAAUGACAUUUUUCGUUAUCAGGAUGUGAUGUUGAAUGAAGACGAUGUAAAUGAUGAAGCAGAUUCUGGACAAUCUGAUGGUGAAGAAAAUGGAGAAGUUGAACAAGCUCCUGUUACUCAACAACCUCAGCAUCAAGUAAAUUACUAUAAUGCUACAACUCAAGGACAGAAUAUUAAUGGGGUUGCUAUGAAUGUGAUACCUGCUUCGGUCCCAGUACAGCAGUUACUGCCUGAGCAAAUUCCUGUUCAGGUUCAACAACAUAUUCCGACUGUUACUGCUCCGGUACAAAAUUCGGCUCCUGCUGUACUGCCCCCCAGUAAUAAUGUAUCCAGAACCCAACCUACUUACAACCAAAACCAAGUAUUGGCAGAACAACCUAAAGUUCAACAUCAAGAAGAACCUACUAAUCAUAAUGUGGAUAUAAAAGAAAAUCAAGAACCUAUUAAGAAGGAAAUACCGAUUACUGAAGCUGUUUCACCUGGAGAUCAACCAAAACCGUUAUAUGCACAGCUCUUUAAAUCUGGUGCACGAUCAACAGAGGUUCAUACUGAAGCCCCUCAACCAGUUUCUGCACCGACACAAAAUUACUCAUCCCCUUCUUUACCUAAAGCGACUUCACCAGUUCGAAAUAAUGAUUAUUCAAGCAAUGCCUUUCCUAAUAAUCAGUAUGAGCAAAGAGGCAAUGUUAAUAGAAAUAUGAGGAACAACUAUAAUGGUAGAGGUGGAGUUGGUGGAAGAAAUUUAAAUGAUAGGCCAAGCAGAAAUUCAUUUAACAAUCGUGAAAAUGGAUAUAACAGUGGUCCUGGCAACGACCUUAGGGUUAACAGAGGUAACCAAUCUGGGUCGUACAAUGGUAUGUUCCAGUCUGAUGAACAACAAUUGUUUAUUGGAAAAAUCCCUCCAGAAGUUCAAGAAAGUGACUUACGGAACUUAUUUGAAAAAUUUGGUAAUUUAUUGGAUGUACGAAUAAUGAAAGGAGGCAGCAAAACUGGUGAUCCAUCUAUGAAUGGCAAUUUUGGUUUUGUCAUUUUUGAAAGUAUAGAUACGGCACAUAAAGUACUAAAGAGUCGACCUAUUAUGCUUCCGGGUGAAAAUGGCAUCAAGUUGAAUGUUGAAGAAAAGAAAAAUAAGUCUAGAAGUUCAAUGGUGAAUUCCGAUGGUGGCAGUGGUGGUGGAGGUGGUUUAGGUCGUGGUGGUAUGCGUACGGGCAACAAUCGUGGAGGUUUCAACAGAAACCAGAACGAUGGACCUAGAAACAACAACUUUAGGCGUCAAAAUUAAUAAUGAUAAUAAUAAAUUAAGAUUAAUUAAAAAAAAGAACUUCAAUAAUACUCAAGAUGACCAGAAAAAUCCCUAAUAAAGACGCUGUUCAGAAUUUAAGAAAGACUACAAUUUUAUACUGUUAUUUUUUUCUAGAUAGCUUCAAAUUUUAUUUCUUCUGCAUUUAUGAAUCGUUUUACCUAUUACUUAUUUAUCCACUUUAAUAAUAUUAUACCUCAAAGUAUUGACUUUGUCCAUAAUAUAUAAAUCAUAUGUCGUGUAUUGAAUCACAAACCUAGUCAAGUAAAUUUUUUCAACAUUGUUUUAAUUUUUUUUCAGUUCACAAAUACUUAUAGUAUUGUUUUAAUUUAAAAUAUGUCAUUUAUUCUUCACCUAAAUUAAAUCAUUAUAUUUGUUUUGUAAAAGUAUAUAUUUUAAAACAGGAUGAUUAAAAUAAAAAAAAACAUUUUUUAUACAAAUUUAAAUAAUUUUUUUUAAUCAUUCUGUUUUACAAAUAUAUAGAUUAGGUUAUUUUCUACCUAAUCUAAACUAUUUUAAACUCCUUAAUUUAUUAUUAUUAUUUUUUUUUUCAAAUAAUGCUAAACCUUGUAAUUUAGUUGUAUUUAUAUGAUGUACAUAAGUGCUGAAUUCAAGCAACAAUGCUUAAGUACAAUGCCCAUUUAUGUAAUUUUGAUAAGACUAAAAAUAGGCUAUCAGAUUUUUAGUAGGGCUUCCUUGACUCUAUAGGAAUUACAGUGAAGAUUUUAUGAUAUCAGUAUAAUAUAUUAUGAUUUAUACCACCGCCCUCCAUUUUUUUUUUAAUUAUUCCUAUUCUUAUUUUUUUUUUUUUUUUUUGUGAAAAUAAUAAUAUGUUCAUUUUAACGUAAAACAAAUUUAAUAAAAAAAAACAAGUAUUUUUUA